UGGACGAAGAAUAAAAGCGGUUACGGUAGGUCGCGAGAUCAAAUAACCCUCAAAAUUAGGAUCGCAUCAAUAAUGUUCUUCUUCUUCGCGGGCGGAGUGCAGCAACAGGUGAAGAAAGUGCUUAAAUCGGGAGCAGGGAGAUGCAUAAACUGCGGAUCGGCGGCGGAUCUGGUUGAGAACGAGAAGGUGUUGAAACUGUUUUUCGUUCCCGUUUGGCGGUGGCCGGGUAAGGAGCCUUUGAUGCACUGUGAUAAUUGCAAUAUCUUCUUCUUUCCUACCAAGUUCAAUCUUCAUCCUCCCGUAUUGGAUAAGAUUCGAUGUAAUUUCUGCUCUCGAGAGGUCAAUAAUACAGACUACAGGUUUUGCCCUUUCUGUGGUUCCGGUCUGUAAAUCUGUAGUUUUCAAUUUCAGUU